UAGAAGUGGCGACGUACCUGCAUUCUUUCUUGAGUGUGAUGUUAGUGUGAUUCCAGACCUUACAAAACAUUUGAAGAUGUUCAAACUACGCUCGAAAGUCGACAUCAUUCAUGCAGAAGAUUACGCGCCGUGGGUGAUAUUUUCAAUGUCAGGGACUAUUGACUUCAAAGAUGUGUCGAGUAACUCGGAUAUUAAAGUGCUGGUGAAGGAUCCUAGAGUUGAGCAGCUAGGAUUUCGUGCGGUGUUGCCUAAGGGCUUAAGUCCAUGUGUUUGUCUUGAAGAUGUCUACGAGACAGGAGAUAGCUUUGAAUAUGACGUACUGAGAGCUAAACUGGGAAUUUGCGAGGGAGUGGAUGAAAUACCACCGGGAAAUGCAAUGCCCUUGGAAUACAACAUUGCAUAUCUUAACGGAGGUAUAACUUUCAACUUAGGAACAGGUCAUCAUUCAUUGUCUGGCAGGUGGAGGAUCACAUAGUUUUCUUGGGGGAUCAGAAGGGGGGAGGGAAGGAUCAGUCACCGCCAAAAGAGUUUAGGGGGGAGGGGACUUUAAAAAAAUCAACUGCCAAAAGAGGGGGGGGGAUCAUAAUAAUAUUAUGGAGUCUUCUUAGGGGGAUCAGGUAAACUUAAUCAUGACUCAACCAAAAUCUUCCAACCCUAACCAUAACCCCCCCCCCCAACCACACUCACACACAACAAAUAAUAUUAAUUUUAUUACUUUGUUCUUUUCCUAGUUUCUUUCAACAAAGGCUGUUAUCUUGGACAAGAACUUACAGCUAGGACUCAUCACACUGGAGUCAUUAGGAAGCGAACGGUUCCAUUUAAAUUUAUUGACCCCAAAGCAGAUGCAAGCCACUUUGAGUCAGGAGCAAGAGUUAGGACAUCUGAUGGGAAAGCAGCUGGCAAGGUUUGCAUGAUAUAUGGACAGUAUGGGGUGGGGCUGUUGAGACUGGAACUGAUAAAGAAGGAAGAGGCACUUCUUAUAAAGAAUAAAGAGGACAAGGAUAUGGAAGUUAUUGCAUCAUUGCCACAUUGGUGGCCUGAAGAUGGUCAUAGCUUUGUGUGAAAUGCUCUGAGGGACAAAGAUGCUGGUAGGAAUUUUAAUCAGAUCCAUUUAGCCAAGAAUGAUGAGCUGUUACAGAACUUAAUUGACUUGCUGUACUUUAUCAGAAUCUUGUGUCACUAGUGAUUAACUUUUGUCUGAGUAUUUUUGUCAUUGCUUUUAUGAAAGUCUUUAAGAGGUAGGAACUCUUGAAUCAUGUAGAAAGUGCUUUUGCACAUCAGUGAUUCUUUCAUGAGCACACCUUUGAUUUAGCCACUUUAACCGCAGAACUCAAGGACAUUGGGAAAGGAGUCAGAUCUACAAUUUUACAAAUUUCUCUUUAUGUGACAGAGUACCACAAGAAUAAAAAAACUGUUCAUUUUAAAGGUGGACAACAUUUUCAAACCUGUUGUGAUAAUCUUGUAUGCGUAUCACGUGACACUUAAUUAAUUAAGCUAGGGAUUUGAUGACAGUUGGGUUACUUAAGAUUUAAGUGUAUAAUUGAACGUAGCACGGUAAUGGCAGACUUGUAGUAAGAAUGUUCCUGAUAUAGAAAAUCAAUAAUAGUCUGAAACAAUUAGAUAAGGAAUUGCCCAGGAAAUUGUGCAUGCACAUCUGGGUUGGAACAUCCUGUAACAUUGUGUGAUGCGUCAUUCAUGCAGAAAAUAAUGUAUGCAUGCGGGUGUAAGCUGUUGAAAUCAAGUUGACAGGAAAUAGCUUGGGAUUUAGUAAAUUCUUGAAUAAGUAAUAUCAAUCUUGGAUUUACAUAGUUUAGGCAUGUGUUUUCAUUGUAAUAGGAG